AAGCCUAAAGGAAGAGACACCGGAGAAGUUCCGGUACCAUUUGGGGAGACGAAGCUGCCAUGGAAGAGCCUGCAGCUCCCACUGAAGCCUCUGAGACACCUGGGGCAUCUCUGGGUGCCGAGGCAGCAGGGGAGGGUGCAACUGGGCCUUCCCUCCGCACGCGCCCGGUCUUCCGGCAGUUUGCAGCUGCAGGUCCGGCCCCCCUCCGCACGUCACGUCUGAGGCCUGCCCAGGCUGCAGGGGGAGGGGCUGGGCCCAGUCGCCUGCCGGGCCGGAGUGGUGGCAGCUGGACGAAGCAAGUCACCUGCAGGUAUUAUCUGCAUGGGCUUUGCAAGGAGGGGGAGAACUGUCGUUACUCUCAUGACCUCUCAGGCCGGCAGUUGGCCAGGGAGGGCCAUGGUUCACCGCCUUGGGCCUCUGCAGACCAAGGCCCUAGCACGGCUGCGCAUACCGAGAUCCUGCCUCAGGAAGUGGCGGAAGCCCCCCCUGCUGCGUCCUCUUGCUCCUUGCCUGUGAUUGGCUUGGCUGCUGAAAGGGGUUUCUUUGAAGCUGAGAGACACACUGCAGGCCUUGAAGCUGCUGGAGGAGCAGGUGCAGAAGGCUGGGAGAAUGCCAUUGAGUUUGUUCCUGGGCAACCCUACCGGGGCCGCAUUUUCCCUUUUGUUCCCAGGGCUCCUCUGCAGAGCUCAGUGACUGAGAGGGAACAGAUUGCAGUGGGAAGGGGGCAGCAGCUUUGCCGGGAUGCUGCCAUGGGGCAGUGCUUUCGUGGGGAGAGCUGCAUGUAUCUCCAUGGAGAGAUAUGCGAUAUGUGUGGGCUUCAGGUCUUGCACCCUGUGGAUGCUGUGCAGAGGGCAGACCAUAUAAAGGCUUGCAUUGAAGCACACGAGAAGGAUAUGGAACUCUCGUUUGCAGUGCAGCGAAGUAUGGACAAAGUCUGUGGCAUCUGCAUGGAGGUUGUCUAUGAGAAAGCCAACCCCAGUGACUGCCGCUUUGGCAUCCUCUCCAACUGCAACCACACCUACUGUCUUAAGUGUAUCCGCAGGUGGAGGACUGACAAACAGUUUGGCAACAGGAUCGUCAAGUCCUGUCCACAGUGCAGGGUCACCUCCAACUUUGUCAUUCCCAGUGAGUUCUGGGUGGAGGAGGAGGAAGAGAAGCAGAAACUUAUUCAGCAGUACAAGGAGGCAAUGAGCAACAAGACUUGCAGGUAUUUUGCUGAAGGCAGGGGUUUCUGCCCAUUUGGAGAGAACUGUUUUUACAAGCAUGCAGACCCUGAGGGCCCGGGAGAGGAUCCUCAGAGGCAGGGUGCUGGGGAAUCCGGUGCUCACUGCAGUCAACUUUUGGAGCCUACUCAGGUGGGAGAGGGUGAGAUACCCUUUAAAAGCAGUAAAAAAGAGCUUGUCAUGCUUCGGCUGGCCAAUCUGUUGUUUAAGUGUUUUCUUUCACUGGCAAAUGAUGAGCUUUCUUUCUCAGAGGACCAGUGGGACUUGCUUCAUUAUGAGCGGGAAAAUUUUUUUCAGUUUGAUCUGUGGCAUUAUGCUGUGGCAUGUGGUCUGUUGUGCUAAGGCUCUGCCAUCUGCUGUUGCUUGUUUUCUGUUUAUAGACACAUCUAUCAUUCACAGAGGCUACUGAAGCCAUUUUUAUAAAGCAUUCAUCUCUGUUUUCUUGUCCAUCCCCAUUUCAAGGUUAUGGUGCUUUACUGUGGUGAACUGUAACAAAAAGUCCUUAAAGUUAUUGUUUGAUGAAAUGAAUAUUACUGUAGUUUAUG